GAACAGCCAAUCAGGAUCGCGCAUUUAGAUCACACGGGUCGGAGGCAUAUGCGAACGAGCUUGUUAUCACUUUCUCAGGGCGGUCGAGUGAAGGGCUUGCAUCUAGUUUGUCUCUUUCUUCUGGUUGUUAUAUUAUUAUAAAUCGACAAAAUGGGUCUAGAAGGUCUACCAGAGAUUCCCGCCGCAACUAUUGCAGAAUUCAAAGAAGCGUUCAGCCUGUUCGACGCCGAUGGCAGCGGCACGAUCACAGUCGAGGAGUUAUCGACUGUCAUGAAAAACCUUGGAGAGAAAGUCGACGAUUGCGAGCUCAAACAGAUGGUCAGCGAAGUCGACGAGGAUGGCAGUGGAGAAAUCGACUUCGAUGAGUUCUGCGAGAUGAUGUGGAAAAAGAUGAACCAGGAGGAAGAGGAAGGGACCAUCAUCGAUGCUUUCAACGCGUGGGAUGAGACAGGAACCGGGAUGAUGAAGAUUGAUGACCUCAAGAACAUGCUACGAAAACUUCAAGCUGCUAAACUAAGCAAAUCCGAAAUCGACAAAAUGUGCCAGGUCAUUGACCCCAGCGGAACCGGACAGUUCAAAUUUCAAGUGUUUGUCGACCUACUGGAGAAGAAGGCUCUUGUAGCAGACUUCGCCGUUGUUCUUUUUCUGUCUUCUCGUGGUCUCACUUUUCGCCGUUCGCUCCACAAAUCAACCAUCAAAAUGUCGUGGCAAAAGGACAUGUCAAAGGAGCAAAUCCAGGAGAUGAGGGACGUUUUCUCGAUGUUCGACAAAGACAACUCCGGCUCUAUCGACACAGACGAACUUCGUGACGUCAUGAGAGAACUCGGAGAAAACCCUUCAGACAAAGAAAUCCAGGAUAUGAUCGCAGAUGCGGAUAAAGACGGUAGUGGAGAGAUCAGAUUCGCGCAGUUUAUGCAACUGAUGAACAACCAGCUAAGAGCGGGUAGCGAAGCUGAGAUCAUGGACGCGUUUAAUGCGUGGGAUAAGGAGGGUCGCGGCGACAUCCAGGUCAAGGAACUUCGCUCCAUGUUAAUGCGAAUCCCCGAGAGACUCCAGCGCAAAGACGUGGACAAGAUGCUUGCUAUCGCCGACCCAAAUAGUAAAGGCACCAUUAAGUUUAGCGCAUUUGUAAAAUUACUGGUAUAAGUGGACUUGCACACAGACGAGAUGCAAAGAGGAAGCCUACAAAUCGAGAAGACAUAAGGAUACAAAAUUUUAAUCCCGAGCUAGUGUUAUCAUUUGUUCAUAAGUAGAUACCAUCUGACCAUGUGAUUUUAAGUUUGCCAAAUUAAAUGGCGUGUUUUCCAAA